AAGGAUUAGAACAUCUAGACCAUAAUCUACUUCCUGAUCUGUCCUGAGGGUUGUCUGGUGUCUAACGGUUAGGUUGAAAGUACUUAGCAAUAUCAGUGGUGGGAGGCUUGUUCACAACUUGAGACAAACCUACAACGUUCAAGCUUGCAACUACACAAGAUGUUGACUUUGACUGUACUCGCUGUUAUAGUAUCAGUGGCCACAUGCAGCAGCGAAGCCAACUGGUUCGUUUUUAAAACCAAACAUAACAAAACUUACACUGGCCUAGAAGACGUGAUGAGAAGAAAAAUCUGGGAAGACAACUUGAAGAAGAUUGAACAGCACAAUGAACUCUACGCUAAAGGUCUUUCCAGUUUCUACCUCGGGGAAAACAAAUACGCGGACAUGAGCAAUAUAGAGUUUGUGAAAACUAUGAAUGGACUCCUGAUUCGCCUGGACCCAGAGACAUUAAACGCAAGCAAGGUUUUGAACAGACAGUGGCUCCCAGCCAGCGUGGACUGGAGAAAUAAGGGCGUGGUCACCGACGUGAAAGAUCAGGGCCAGUGCGGAUCAUGCUGGGCUUUCUCUGCAGUGGGGUCAAUUGAAGGUCAACAUGCUCGAGCAUCCCAACUGGUCAGUCUUUCCGAAUCCAACUUGGUGGACUGCUCCUCAGAAUUUGGCAAUAAUGGAUGUCAAGGUGGCCUGAUGACCAAUGCCUUCAAGUACGUCAUAGCUAAUGGAGGAAUAGACACAGAAGACAGUUACCCGUACGUAGCAGAGCAACAAACUUGCUCUUUCUCCAUGGUCAAUGUGGGCGCCACUAUCCGCGGUUACAAAAAUGUUCUUCAAGGCAGUGAGAGUGCAUUGCAGGCAGCAGUUGCAACGGUUGGCCCUAUCAGUGUUGCUAUAGACGCCAGUCACUCGUCCUUCCAGUUGUAUGCUGGGGGAGUCUAUAACGAAGUCCAAUGCAGUUCCGUUCAACUUGACCAUGGUGUUCUUGUUGUUGGUUAUGACACAAGCUCUACAGAUUAUUGGAUUGUUAAAAACAGUUGGGGCACGAGCUGGGGACAGGACGGCUACAUCUUCAUGUCAAGGAAUAAACAAAACCAGUGCGGCAUCGCUUCCAUGGCUAGCUUUCCAAUCGUCUGAUCACUUUUAAGUUUGUCGUCUGCGAAUUGAUUUUCGGCUUCUUUUUAAUUUUUUGUUGAUCAUUUUGUAAACAUUUCAUUCACAAUUGUUACUUUUAUGUGCACUAUUUUGAAGAAAACACCCGAACUUAAAAAAAAUGAAUUAAACUCUUGUCCGUCUUGCCAGUGGCGUCACUUAGGUGGGUGUCAUCUGGUGGUAUUAGCGAAUGGUGUAGUGAAGAGUUAGUUAUCUUCAUCCAUUAAUUAGUAUACAGCUGUAACAUAUGCGCGGAGUCGAGUUUAUUCUAACAACGCUUUACAUGUACAUUUUGUGUUUUUUUGUUUUUUUUGUUUGUUUUUUUGUAUGUUUGGAUUCUCGCUAUCGAUUUUUCGAUCACUUCUCUUCCAAUUGUCAUCCAAUUUGGCAUACAAGCUCAUAAUGACAACACAUGAAUCAAUCAAAAAAUAACUUUAUUAUUUAAUCAAUUCAUGAUCACAAGACUAGAAAUAACAUUUCGACAUUUCAGCCAAAAGAAGACACAAUUGCCUUGUAGUCUAUGAACUUACGAAGUCUGACAAGUAGAUACAAAGUUUCGCGAAUAAAUCUUGAAUCCUAUUAGAGACUAGCAGGCAUAGAGCCAUAGAGUUCUGCCAUGUUUGAGAUUUGAUCCAUGUUCCGCAAUUUUUUCUCUAAAAAAAUUCUUUUGAGUCCUGUGCGAGCCCCCCCCCCCUCCCCUCGCCAAUCGGAGUCCUAGGUGGCUGCCUAGUUUGCUUAUGCCUAAGGCCUGUGUGUGAAUUCUCUUUCGAAUGAUAAGGCCCAUGUGUGACACACAUACGUCCAAUGUUUGGGUCACAGCGUUGUUUUUUUUUUAAAUUCUUGUGUUAUAUUUUAUUUCCAUUGUUUCUGACAACUUACCACGUCAGUGUCACUCCACUAAUGUGCAUCACCCGAUUAGGUCCGCACUCCUCGCACUUCCUAGCUACGCCACUGCGUCUUCUGUGUCUCCAUACAUCAGUCACUCUCCUCUUCACAUUCAUAGUCAAACAAUAAUCCAUGUUUUUGUUAAUCAGUCAUUGAAUUAGACAUGGUAUUGGUCAAUCUCCACAAGGUUGUAUAACGUGCUGGUUAUUGGUCAAUCUCCACAAGGUUGUAUAACGUGCUGGUAUUGGUCAAUCUCCACAAGGUUGUAUAACGUGCUGGUAUUGGUCAAUCUCCACAAGGUUGUAUAACAAACUGGUAUUGGUCAAUCUCCACAAGGUUGUAUAACGUGCUGGUUGUAGCACACAGUGGUUGUGGUUGUUAGACAUCGCUGAAAAUAAACGUAGAAACGAGAACUUUUGUAUUAAUAUUACUCUGCCUCAAAUGUCUUGCUUACCUGGCCUGGCAAAGAAAUGUGUUUUUUUAAAAGAACACUAUUAGAUUGUUAGCUUCCAAAUGUUUCAGCCUGUAUGCAUUUGUUUGUCUUCGGACAAAAUAUUGGGAUGCUUCUAUAAAAUAGUUGGUUAAAAAGUAUUUAAAUCAUGCCAUUUAUAAACAUGUGCCAAAUAAGACUUGAUCGUGUUAGAAGAAUAUAGGGGAAUAAUAAUAAUAAUAAUAAUAAUAAUCUUUAUUGUCCAUAUGGAAAUUUGUGUGUGUAAAUAUAAAUAUCUUCACCUGCAUUUCUCCAAUCUCAUAACUCAUAACUAUUAUGAGAUGUGUUGAUAUAUCAAGUAGGGUCCCCGACACUUAUUUAUAGACAAGAAAUCCUUGUAGAAGUUGAAGUUAACAUAGACUCUACAUUAGACUCUACUCUAGACUCUACUCUAGACUCUACUCUAGACUCUAGUUUACUUCUCAUUGUUUAUUCCCCUCUACCAACGUGCAUACAUACUGUAGACGUGUCUCUUGAUGACUCAAUGUGUUGACUUGUUUGAAAUGAUAACAUGUGUUAGUUAUAAUUAAUGUUUAUAUAUUAAAUUUAUUUUUAAAUGUUAUUGCUCAAGAAAUAAAUGCAACUUGAUAUUUU